GUUUCUAGUUCUACGAGGUUUAUGUACGUUGUAAAACUUGUAAUACCAUUCAUUGCUCUUAUAAAUAAAUAAAUUCGAUACAAUUAAAUUAUUAAUCUCAUUCACAGAGAUGGAGAAUUUCAAACUAAACAAAUUAUUUUGUGUUUUGGUCUUUCUAAUUCUCUCUUUUCAACCUUCAAUUCAUGUCUCAUCGAUUUCUCCUUCUCACAGCCAGGCUCAAGAAGAACAUGCAGCUUCAAGGCUUCAUAAAAACAAUGACGGGAAUGCUGAUGAAGUGCAUUGUUCCAGAGAAAGAAGCAGGGCUGCUUGGAAGAUCAUUGAGGAGUAUCUCAUGCCAUUUGUGGAACAAGAAAAGUAUCAGCUUUCUCAACAAUGUAGGCUUCACCCUGACAAUGAUAUCUACAGAGAUCAAGAGCAGCACAAGAUACACGUGGACAUAAACGAAUGGCGUUGUGGAUACUGUAAGAAAAGCUUCCGAUCAGAGAAAUAUCUUGACCAGCAUUUUGACAACAGACACUCCAAUCUUCUAAAUAUUAGUCACAGCAAGUGCUUGGCUGAUUUGUGUGGAGCUCUUCAUUGUGACCUUGUAACGGAUUUCAAGGCCAAAAAGAAUAAAUGCAAUCCUUCAGCAUCUGCAAGGAACAAGCACUUGUGUGAGGGUCUUGCUGAUAAGUGUUUUCCUAUAAAUCAGGGGCCCUCAGCUAAUCGACUUCAUGAAUUAUUCUUGCGUCAAUUUUGUGAUGCGCACACUUGUUCAGGAGGGCACAAACCAUUUUCCAGGGGAAGCAAGAAGCAUACUAGCAUUUUCUACCUUGUUAUUUCAAUUUUGACCUCAUUGCUGGUUGCUAUCUUUUACAUCGUUGUUUAUGUGUAUAGAAGAGGAAUGAGAAAGGACAGCCAAGGAUUUAAACGCAUCUCACGACGGGGACAAAAGCCAAAACCAUCAUAGCG